UCUAUGGAAGUACAUUAUUGUAGUAUCGUCAUGCAAUGGAUGUAAUCAGAUCUUCAUGUUGGUCCCUUCRUUACUUCUGGUUGUAAAUUCCUUCACCGGAUGUCUCUCCAGAGCCGACGAAGCAGCACCUGUCGUCGCCGACGAAGWUGGCAACAUGUUUGCCUUCAGCUUUUCCAGUUCCCUAUCUACCGUAUCGGAAGCCUCCAACAAGCGAAAUUCCAUUUCAAUGCUCGACCCUUUUCCKGACGACGAGGAGGGGGCCAGCGCAUUGCUGCUCAUGGUGGUCUCGGCCAUUUCCGCCGAUACCUCUGCCGCUGCUUCCAGCGCCAGGACCUUGUCUUCCAUGCGAUUGAAGGCAUCCAUGCUCGUCUGGCCCGUGAGYCCCGAAAGCAUGUCGUUGAUCUUCUGCGUCGACUUUGCGGUCCGGGCGCGGGCCGCCAUCUGGUUUUUCUUGCUGGCCGCCUCGGAGAUUUUCUUUUCCAGAAGCGACAUUCCCUCGUAGAGCUUAUCGAUGUUGUUGGCCUGGGCAUCGAUCUGCGAUUGGAUUCCGUCGGCCUGGUUCAGGAGCGCCUCGCGCCGUGCGAGUGCCUCGCGGGCCAGUCCCUCGUUGGAUUUUUUGAGGGCCAGCUGGGCCCGGUGGUGCCASUCGUCCGCCUGGGACUCGAGCUGGCGCUUCGAGCUGGCCAUGCGGCGCUGCGUGGCGGUGACCUCGGCAUAGGUCUGGCGCACGCGGACCAGAUCGUUCUGCAUGUCCUGGAGGGCCUGUGUCAUGAUCUGUUCCGGGUCCUCGAAGCGCCCGAGGACGUUGUUGGCGCUCGCUCUCGACACGCGGAAGAACCKAUCGAACAGGUUGGCGUGGAGGACGGUGGGGGACCCGGAAUCCUGGACGAGGCCGUAGACCGAAGGAAYGGCAGAACGAGCCGUAGAAGGAAGGUGGACGGGGGCAAAUGCGCUCGCGGUGCCAACGACGGCACCGACGAUUGCAAGAGUCGUCACACCGUGGGCGAAAGAGUAGUUAUUGGAAAUCUUCAUUGUAUGUGUAGUGUAGCUAUAUCUGCUUGGUACAAAAAUCGUCUUUCUGGUUGUUUUGGGAAUGCACUUUGAUGGGGAUUGAUCGUGAUCGAUUUCUGGAAUUGUGAGAGCAACGACCAAUGUCGAAAGUUUCGGAACAAAAUAAAUCUGAAAAUUCGAAAAUCUUCGAUUUUGGCGUCAAAGCCACGAUGGCCAAUCGGAACUUGUAARUGUGUCUUCGAAGGUUUUGCUGGAAGAUUUUUUGAUUCGUGUUUCAUUUUUUCCAUGUACUGAAACCUUCACGUAAAACGUACGGUUUCUAAGUAAGAAUCUCCGUAAAGGUAUGUACUGUGGGUGAAAGAUURUUUGCGAUUUGCUUCGUGGCAAAAAUCCUGCGCGCGAAAAAAAAGUUUCACGAACCCAGCGCGAAUGAUUUAYCUUGAUUCAUUCGACUCAACCAUCGACAAUCAAUUAAUCAAUCAACGGCAUCCAGUCCAGAAUCCUGCCAUACCGUACCGUACGCCGUGCGUUCGGUACGAUUACGAUAUCCAGAUGCUAGUUUCUCGUACGUAUGGUACGCAGGAAUAUGUAGCGCCAGUACUGUACYGUACGAUACCAGAAACCAACCGAGCUAGAAGUGUUCCAAUCCARUCCAGACYCACAAUCUAGACAAGCUGCACUAGCGGUUGGGACACAGUGGAAUAACUSGUGCCACCGCAACCAACAGCUACCAACGAAAAAGCAAACGAACCACUCGAUGAACUCAAUAGAAUCGCCACUGGACGAUGCCGGCAACGGAAGCGGCACGGCGUACUUUUCGUCGGCUGCUCACCCAUCUCCCCAGCAGAACCAGCCCGUGCAGCCUCAAAAACUCGAGCUGAUCCUGAAUCCCGAGGAUGGCUCCCUGCAGACCGCUCCGCUGCUCUCCGUCGUGACGGCGUGYACGGACAAYCUSUACCGGGACAUCUACGACAUGGCGCACGGGGAGGUCCAGAUCAUCGGCGGGGGAGGGGGAGGCGCGGCGGCCCUGGAGGGAGACAACGCAGCCGGGGGGACCGCGAAURCCUCKGCGCCCGGCGGGAGCAGCGASCCGAACGCAAACGUGCGGCGCAAGGACAAGAUGUCCAAYCUMUCCUUUGCGGCCCGCCGCCACGAGCUCUCCUAUCGGCUGGCGAGCCACUCGAAGGCGCUCACGCACGUUGCGGCACUCACGGCGUCCAACCACAUCGAGUACCCCACCGCCAACCUGGCCCGGUUUGUGGACGUUUCCACAAAGGCCCUGACCCACGCCCGGACGGCCUGGAUCCAGAACGACGAGUGCCAGGACGCCCUCUAUUUUUUUCACGGACGCCUGUUCUCGCUGCGGGCCGGUCCGCACGAUGUAUACGGGGCUCUGGAUUUCAUGACCACAAAGACCUCGAGCAGCCAAGGUUCUUCCCAGACAAAACCUGCUGUUGACGGAUCCGAUGCGAACGACGACAACGACAAAGACAACGACAAUACCAACACCAACCACAGUGGCCCAGAAGAGGAACACAACCCCGCCACGGCCCCGCGAUCGUCCUUUUGGUACGAUCUCCCAUCCGAUCUGCGACUGGAAACCGAUCGGUACGAAACCAGCGUCGAAAAACAGUGGUCGAAACAAGAAGUCUCCGACCGCUGGCAAAUGGCGGUUCGACGAAAACUGCUGCUGGGAGAAGUAGGGUGGAUGGCAGGGCGAAAACAACCAGCCGGCAGCAGGGUGCCGUGGAAAAUCUCCCUGCGGGGUGGCAUCGUUCGACUGAUGCACGGAAAACCGAAAACCACCAUCGAUAACUCUACGGGGAAAACAAAAACCCUGUAUCCCCUGGAAGCGAUCCUUACGGUCCUAAGCACGGACACGGAAGGAAACGAGCCUCCAAGCAACGCAGAYUCGGAGAACAAAACAACGUCCGGGGACCAAAGCAACACAGACGAAGCCGAAUGGACCCUGAUCAGCGUGGAUGUUUGCGCCCAGGCAAAAACCGGGCAAUCCAAUCACCAGCUCGAUACGACCAACAAACAACGAUACAACCUCCAUCGGUUGUGCGCGUUGGCCAUGACGAGGGAAGAAAAACAAAUCAGGCUCCGGARAAAUACACAACGGGAAGAACAACGACAACAACAAGAAGAGCAGCAAUCGUCCAACACCGAGCCACAAACACCACCACCACCGAUGRUGGUGGCAAAACCCCUCAAUGCCCUGUUCCGAGUGGCCCAGUAUUUCUCGCUGUCRUGGCAGCUAGAGAUAUUGUCGGAACAGGCCAAGGCACUCUCCAAGGGAAACUGGGGAAACGGCGAGGGCGGCGGCAUUGCGGUCCCUGGGCUGUCCCGGGGCAACGCUGCACUGGUGUCUUCGGCCGGCUACUCGAUCGUGGUCACGCCCGUCAAAUUCUUUGAAAAUCGGACCAGCCGMAUUCUGGGGGUCCUCUCGAUCAGUUUUUGGGCCAUCGACGAUCGGUACGGGCCGCCCUCGAUGGGGGAUCUGGUCCGCUUGGACGAGGACGACGAAGAGGAAGACGAUGCCAACAAGCCCCAGGAAAUCAACGGGGGCAACCACCACCACGGAAACAGUGGCACCGAAAACGAUUCGGUAUCGACGGUGUCCCGGUACGUUCACAGCCCCGCCGUGACGAAUCGCUUGACGCUCUCGGUCCGGGCCGAGCAGGACGCCGGGAUCAAGGUCUCGCUGAGCGGUGCCGAUUCCAUAAUGGAGUUUGCCUCCAACCAGGAGAGUGGCCACGUCCGAUCCACGAUUUCUGAUUUGAUGGAAGCGACCUCGAAUCCCUUUGCCCUAUCGGCGAGUGAGGCUCUCCUGGCAGCUACRAUACUCUGUGCCGAACGGAAAUGCUAUGCCAUGGUAGAAGUACUGCCGAGCGUCUUGCCAUCGUGGAUCACUCUCAAGGUUGAAAAGGGGAGCAUCGUUGUGGCCGCAAAAAUCCAAUACUACGCAAGUGCAGCCCCAUCCGCAGCUGCACCCAACGAGAUGRCUGGCUUGGAUGCCACACAAACAAGCAGGGGUGCCGCAAAGCCGAUCCUGUCGUCUCCCACACCCGUCGUUUUGUUUCGAUUGACCUGCGACUCCCGUACCGGAUCCUUUGUUCCGACCUUUUCGGGGAGCACGUCGCUGCUUCGACACAUGGCCUGCAACGAUGUGCGAGCUGCGAGCGACACCACCCUUCUCCGGAUCGCAAACCUCGCCAAGCACCGGCGGCGUUCCUCUUCCAAGUCGGUGGCGGCGGGCGCGGUCUUUGGGAGCGGCCGGGGCGUCCGGGACGCCUUUCAGUCCCUGAGCCGGUCGAUGAACGUGCUGGGACAGCGGACGGGCGUCGGUGGGGCCUGGAAGGAUCACGACGACCGAAGCACGCUGCUGCGGCAGCGUGCGAUCGGCCUGGCGUGCAAGGACGUCAAGGUGUCUCUUAUGUCUUGCUGCGGAAUGGCGGUGCUGUACGGGUUGUCGCCCGUGGCCAUCGGGGUAGCCACCGGCAUCCAGGCUUCUCCCGAAAUGGCGGGGGGGAAACUGGACCUGCUGGCGUUGCAGAAGGCGGCCGCGAAGCUCGGUGUUUCGGACAAAAAGACGGUUUCGUCGUUCCUGCUGGCAUCRCCGCCGAGCGUACUGGUGGACCAGAAACUCGUAGAGCACGCCUCCUGGACGUCCGAUGGCGAACGCAUCAAGCGAUCCCUUGCCGAACAAGAACGCUUCGGAAUUUGCUGUAGCGUCGACGACGACUCGGGUUUGACCYUGUACGGAGCCGAGAUCGAGGUCGAGCUCGAGUCACCGAGCUCGACCCCCACCCGGAAAUCCUUUGGUUUGGUCCCCUUUGUUGCCAGCGUCUCCUCCUCUCUCGAUUCAAACCCMACGGAUGCCGGUGGCCUUGUCGAAGGAAAUCCGCCGGCGAAGCGCGCAAAAAUCGAUACCAGCAACCGAGCAGUUCCUGUYACUAAAACAAGAGAUCUYAUAGACGAAGUGGAGUAUUUCGCUACGAUGCUCGCGAAAACAAUAGGUAUAUGACAUUGAUUUCCAACGCAAGCGACAACCUUGUCUCUUGGUCCGGAGCCACAAUUGUAGAGUGUUCUAGGGAAUUAUUCAAAAAAUUGCAGAGAUGCAAGCACUCUAACUGAUCCAAAAUGACGGAAACGAUUUGCGUGAAAUACUCUCUUUCAGUGCUUGAUACCAAGAUCCUAACCGCAACAAAAGAUAGUUUGAAAUAAUAGAGCAUCCAAAAC